AUGGACAGUCACAUUAUACAGAUUUCCCGAGAUGACUUGGAAGAUCUAAAAGAAGCCUUCAACAAAAUCGAUAUUGAUAACAGCGGCUAUGUGAGUGAAUGGGAGCUUCAGGAGCUGUUCAAAGAGGCAAGCUUCUCCCUUCCAGGCUACAAGGUGCGAGAGAUCAUCGAGACCUUCAUUGCUGGAGAUACAAACAAAGAUGGAAAGAUCAGCUUUGAGGAAUUUGUCUCUAUCUACCAAGACCUGAAGAGUAGACAGAUCAGUGAGACAUUUAAAAAAAUUGUGUCACGGAGGGAUGGGAUUCGUUCUUUUGGAGGAACAUCAGGAAUCUCUAGCGAGGGAACCCAGCAUUCCUACGCUGAUGAGGAGAAGGUGGCUUUUGUAAAUUGGAUCAACAAAUCUUUGGCAAAAGAUCCAGACUGCCAACAUCUGCUGCCCAUGGACCCUGAUGAUGAAAGCCUCUUUACCUCUGUCCGUGAUGGCAUCCUCUUAUGCAAGAUGAUCAACCAUUCUCAGCCAGACACGAUUGAUGAAAGAGUCAUCAACACUAGGAAACCCUCUACCUUUCAUAUGAGAGAGAAUCUGGUCUUGGCCCUGAAUUCAGCCUCAGCUAUCGGGUGCACGGUGGUGAGCAUGGAUGCCCAUGACUUGAUGGCUGGAAAGCCCCACCUGGUUCUGGGAUUGCUCUGGCAGGUUAUCAAGAUUGGCCUCUUCGCUGACAUAGAAAUCAGCAGGAACGAAGGUCUGAUUGCCCUCCUAGCAGAUGGAGAAUCACUGGAGCACCUAAUGUCUCUCUCCCCUGACGAGCUGCUGCUCCGCUGGGUCAACUAUCAUCUACGCAACGCUGGAACGGAAACAAUCAGCAACUUCAGCGAAGACAUCAAGGACUCACGGGCCUAUUUCCACCUGAUGGAUCAGAUCACUUCCUGUGAGGAGGAUGAAUUCCAAAUGAGGAUAAAAAUUGACAUGAGCGGUCUCAAUGAGUGGGAUUUGGAGAAAAGGGCGGAGCUGAUGCUGCAGCAGGCAGCCAGACUGGAAUGCAGGCAGUUUGUUACUCCUCAUGAUGUCACAUCUGGAAACAGCAAACUGAACAUGGCCUUUGUGGCUAACCUGUUCAACAUGCACCCCGGUCUGCAGAAGCUUCUGAUGAAUGGAGGCGAUUUAGAGCACAUAGAGAGGGAGACCAGAGAAGAAAAAACAUUUCGCAACUGGAUGAACUCUCUGGGUGUUUCUCCACAUGUGCACCAUCUUUACCAUGACCUGUGUGACGGCUUGGUGAUUCUGCAGCUUUAUGAUAAGGUCAAUGUGUUUGUGAACUGGAAGAAAGUCAACCGCCCUCCUUAUCCUGCUCUGGGGGCCAACAUGAAGAAGCUGGAAAACUGUAACUAUGCUGUGGAGCUGGGCAGGGAUGUCGCCCGCUUCUCCCUGGUUGGAAUUGGAGGAGUAAAUCUAAACGAGGGGAGUCGUGUACACACCUUAGGGCUGGUCUGGCAGCUGAUGAGGAGGUACACAAUUCAAGUUUUGUCUGAUUUGGGUGAUGGAGAGAGGGUGGUAGAUCAAAUCAUCCUGGACUGGGUCAACAAGAUGCUGAGCCAGAAUAGAAAGGACACACAAAUCACCAGCUUCAAGGACAAGCUGAUCAGCACCAGCCUGCCAGUGAUUGACCUGAUUGAUGUAAUUGCUCCGGGGAUGGUCAAGUUUCCCGUGGUGGCAAGAGGAGAAAAUGGAGUGCUGAAGAAAGAUGAUAAAAUCAACAAUGCCAAGUAUGCAAUUUCAUUGGCUCGUAAGAUUGGCGCUCGUGUCUACGCUCUGCCUGAUGAUUUGGUGGAGGUCAACCCCAAGAUGGUGAUGACUGUGUUUGCCUGCCUCAUGGGGCAUGGUAUGAAGAAAGCCAAAAACUGA